AAUUUAACAGUAAACAUGUCUACUGUACUGAGAUAUGAAGUUAAAUGUUGGUUUAAUCUUUUAGGUGUGUGUUUAGAAGCUAUUGGUGAGGCUAAGGUAGAAUGGAUGACCUCUAGUGAUAUUCAGGCAUCUGAUGAAGAAGUGUUCAAUUAUACUACAGUACUGCCAAUUAAGGGAGACAAGGACAGUAAUGAUGAUCUCCUUCACUCUGGUUCUCAUUAUUUCCCCUUCGAGUUCACCCUACCCCCUAAAUUACCAUCGUCUUUCAAGGGUAAACAUGGACGAUUACGUUACUAUGUACGCAUGACAAUAACAACCCCAGGAGGGCCUCAUCAUGAACGUACCAGUAAAUUUGCUGUCAUUUCAAAUUUAGAUUUAAACAAGGAACCUGAUGCCUCUUUACCUGUAGAAAAUGAUACAUUUGAGGCAAUCGGGUCAUGGUGCUGCGUCUCCGGAACUGUAACAGCCACAUUAAAAUUGGAGAAGAAAGGCUUUGCUGUAAAGGAGGCAAUACCUGUUUGGGCAGAGAUUAAAAAUCUCAGCACUCGUAGAAUAUGUUCAACUCAAGUUUCAUUAAUACAGGUAUGUUACAAUGUUGAAUAAAUAUGCUGUGUGCAGACUUGACAAAGAUUUUACUUUCAGUAGACAUCUUUAAGUAAAGUGUUUUUACUAAACCGGUACAUGUUCUACAUGGUUUUGAUAUAGUGUCUAACAUUAUAUUAAUUUAACCAAACACAGUAUAUAAUAAGCAAUGAAGGAUCAGUGUACCAGUGAUAUAAAAUAUGAUACCCCAGAACUUCUGCAAAAUACAUAGGCCUAAAGGUUAUAUUUUAUUUAUGUAUGUGUUUUAUGUAUUUUCUUGUGUGUUGAUAUCUUUGAAAAUAGGACAAAUUUCACUGUUUUUAUCUGUAUAUUUAUGUAUUCAAUAUUUAUGCUAAAUCUCUAAAAUUAUGUUUAUUCUAUUUCUGUUUCUUUGAAUGAGAAGAAACUGAAGGGAAUGUGAAGAGUAAACACUUUUUGGCAUGUAAGAGAAUUCGAUUUACAGACAUGAAAGUGGCAUUUUGUCAAUCCAUAUAUCUGUAAUAGGCUCCAUUGUUUAUAGACAAUUUCCUGAAUUGCUUGAAACAGAGACAAAAUGGUGUUAGAUCCUUGUCGUUACAAGUAAUGAUUAUUGCUAACACUUAUGUUGUUUAUUUUAGGGCUUGUUUUAUCUAGCUUCAAAGUUAUUUUAUUGGAACAACUGAUAUUGUUUACCCUGAUAUUUUCUUGUUAAUUGCUCAUAAGCCUUUUUUGAUUCGGAUAUUAUUGCACUAAUGGUGGGCGAUUAAUGGGGCUGCAGAAUGGUUAAGGCUGAUAGAACUGACUUUUUCCAGCUUUGAAGAUUUCAGUUAUAAAUGUUUGUUUACAUAUUAACAAUCUGAUGUUUGAACUAGAGAAAUCAGAGCAGUGUAGGCAAGAAAUACGUUAGAGUUGUAAGUAAAUAAUAACAAAUGUUAUGAAAAAAUGUUCAGUCAUUCUAUUCAUCUGUAAGAGCUGUAGUUUUUUUUCUAUGUCAGUCUAAUUAUGUCUUAUCUAAUACUUCUCAACCACAAUAUCUGUGCCAAAAAGAAUUCUGUUAUUUGAAGAUAUUUUUCUGGUUGAUCUGCCAUCUUUUUUCUUCGAAACAUUGUCUAAUCUAUAUUCCAGCAGGAAAGAAGAUUCGAA